AUGCAAAUGCAAGACCACUUCGCGCAAGUCGACAUGCCAACAAUACAAGGCAUCACGGUCGACAUCGCGAUCUCAGACACCGUGCUGCCAGCCUAUGCUGAUCCAAACCCCGACCUAGAACCAGAUACAACCUCCAGCUAUAUCGAGGCUGUGAGCAACAGAUGGUUCGCAGUCCUCGUGCGCAUACCUCAUGAUCACAAGCCAAGUGGUAAUCUCUUCAUCAUCAUGGUCUUCCUCGAUGGACGCGCAAUUGCAGAGGCACGGCGACGACCCGGCGAACAGCUUCCAUCCACACCACAGCCAGAAGGAGAAGCAGGCUUCGAAGGCGACAUCCUGCCGACAUUUGAGCCGGGUCUUGCGGGCGAUUUGUGCGAUCUGGAAGAAGAGGGACAGGCACGUGAUGAUUCAGAGGAGUGGCUACUUCAGGGCUACAUCUCCGGCGAAUCACUACGCUUCCCGCACGUGGUCACGGACAACAACAAGCACGAGGCAGGCGACGCAGCGGAGUGGGAGAGCAAAGAGAUUGCGGUACAGUUCAGCGAAGCCUUGAUCCUCGAAGCGGAGUCGGAGGAUGACUUUGGCAACUAUGUUCCCGCCAAGAUCAAGACUGUUGGCAACGUGUUUGCCUUCACGUUCAAGUACAGACCGCGCCAGAUCCUCGAGACCAUUCUAGGUCACACGGCGCAGCAAUCACCAGACAGCGACAAGACCAUCCGACCACACAAGGGCAAAGGCCGUGCCAACUCUCUCGACAGCGACGCAGAAGUGCCCACACCCACGACGACGACGACUCAUAGAAAUGGCCGCAAGCCGAUCUGGAACAGCAACAUGCAAUGCAUCGACUGGCUGACAGAGACGGAAUACGCACAACGCAUGACCGACCCAAGACGGGCCCAUCCCGCGGACGAAGAAUGGCGGAAGAACCUCAAUUAUUUCAACAGCAAGUGGAUGUACUGCUGCAAGCAGAUGAAGCAAGAUUCGAAGUUCACAUGGUGCGACAAUGCAGAUUGUGUCAUUGGAGUCUUCCAUUUCUGGUGUGUUGGUCUUACGCGGGAGCCGCAUUGGGGACUUAAUACUUGGCUGUGUCCCAUCUGUAGGGACUUGCCCGAGGAGGGGAUUAGGAUGCGUGAUGGGGGCAAAGGAGAGAGAAGCGUGGAGCAGAUGGAAUAA